ACACAGGGAGGUAGCUAGUAACACUCGCAGGGUGAAACAAGUGGAUCAGGUCUCGGAGACCGUCAGUUGUGACACUCGCGAAGUUUGUGUGAAUACCAUGGAUUCCUGUUUCUCUGAGGGAAAUGAGUACUUUGUGGAUGAAGAGACCACGUUCUGUGAUCAAGGUACACUGACAGAGUCCCUGGACAAGAGGUCGAUUGGGGUGUUAGUCAAACCACAUUCUCUUGAUGCUUGUACAGCGGACAAGGAAUCGAUGACAGAACCUGUUCCAGACUACCUGGAGAACCUGAUAGCUACACAACGAGAGCUGCUGCAUCUGCGUGGAGAUGUUUGUGUUUUGGAGCUAAAGCAACAGAUUCACCAGCUGGAAAGGAACAAAGAGUUGUUUCAGAAUAUGAGAGGAGAGCCUCUUGAUAAUAUUGUUGACGACCGGUUAACAAGUCUGAAAAUUGAACUCAACAUCAUACAGAAUCAAGUGAUGAGCUAUGAUGCACAUCUUGCUGCUGGGAAUGUGUUUAAGUCUGUUCCUCAGUUCACUGUUUCAAUACCAAUAGGCGGCCAGAAUAUGAUAACCGUCAACAAAGUUUUAAAACAGAAAUCAACUAAGAAUGCAGGUACAAAGCGUUCAUUCUGGGAUGCCUAUACUCCAGAAGAGGAGAGGUCACUCCGGGACUUGGGAACAAGCCGUCCACCAAAGACGAGCAACAAAGAUGAUAAUAGCAAUCAUCCAAAACCCAUUUCAGCGUUCCAGAUAAAAUCAUCUCAGACUAACAAUUUUACAUCAGCCAAACGUUUUGGAAGUGAUCCUUCCAGUAACGGUAUAGAAGAUGUUACACUUACAGAGGACAGUGUGACAAAUAGAAAACUGGGGCAGGACACAUCUGUAGAGGUUACAAAAGAUGUCACUGAUGUCACCUAUCUGAAAACUGAUGAGGAACUUGUGCUGGACAUGGAUGAUAUUGAUGAUAUUUCACUUCCUGAACUUUCCAAAGCCCCACAGAAUAAACAAACAGAUCUAUUUGAUAAUACUACAACACGUGGAGGUGAUCCAGUUUCUGACGGUGUGAAAAAUGGCUCAGUGAAACAGAUCGUUAAUGAUUCUCCAGUGUCAUUUUCAAUAGACUCGAGAGAGGCAUCAUGUGAAUCUCGUGUGACAAGUGAUUUCAGUGCUACUGCUAGAACUGCCUUCUCAACAAGUGACUCUGUAACAGAGAAUGAUAAACUUUCCAAGCUCGCCUGUAGAUCAGCAUCUGUUAUGUCAACAGUAAACAAUACCUCUACUUUAUCCUCAAGUGUACUAGCAACGGAGACACAAAACAACAACAUUACCACAUUUUGGAGUGGAUCCUCAGUUGUCAGUAAGGAACAAAGCAGCAACAUAACCACAUCAAAUGGACCAACCACAGUGUCUAGUGUACCCUAUCCUGUUCCUGCAUCAUAUGUUCCAGUGUCUGUUUGUAAUGCUUCAAAUUCUGGAAGUAUCAUGACAAACCCUAUUCCAGUCAACACACAGCGUUUGGCAUCAGCCCAGCUAACUCCAAUGAUGACCAGACCUCCCCUAUUGGCCACACCCAGAAUCAUUCCAGGACAACAGGCAGUGGUGCUUUACCCUCAGGGACAUCCAGUCCAGCCAAAUGUAGCCCCCUACCUCCCGGUCCGUCAGUCUCAGCCAAGCCUACCUCCGUACCGCCAAGUCCAGCCAAGCAUACUUCCCUAUACUCAGGUUCUCCCUGGUCAGGCCACAGUGCCCUCCUUCCCUGUGAUAGCAAACAUGAGAACACCGCUACUACCUCAGCCUCCUAGGGUUUCCACAUCAGUUUACCAAGGCAAUCCACUUUUUCAUUCACCUCUAACUGGUCAAACUCCCCAACCCCUGGGAGUGGUUCCUUCAACAAUCGCACAGACCAAAACCUCCGUGGUACCAAGUCAAACGGUAUCCCAAGUAGUGCCAGGACAAGUGUCAAAUCUAAAUGGACAACAGCCAGGUCUACCUGGUCACAUGAAUUCCACAGCAGUUCAAGAACAGAGGAGAGGAAAUUCACUUGUGUCGUCCUCAAAUGCUAUGUCUUGUGCUGUCACAAGCACUACUCAAACGUCUAAAAUUGCAGCUACACUAGACAGGCCGUCUGUCGACCCAGAACUGCACCAGGCAGUGAUAAUGCAACUACGUCAGGCAUACCCUAACUUGGCUGCUGAUCCUGUGUGGCUUGAAACAGUUGGUAUACAACAGACAAUGGUUUUACAAAAGUACAUAGAUGCCAGCAAAGAUGUAGCUUCAGACAAAAAUAGCAAUAAUGCUGUACAACAGACACCAAAUUUGGACUUUGGGACAGAUAGUCAAAGGAAAGACGAGUCUUCCAGACUUCCUACAGCUUCAAGCUCUCAAGUGUCAAAUGGUGACAUUCCCCAAACCGAGGUUGUGUUAAAGCAGAAAUCUGUGAUUGACGAGAAUUGUGCUGUGAUUCCCCGUCAGCCUCCAGGAUUGGCCAGUCUGGCAGACACAGACCAAUCACUGAGCGAUAAGUUUGAGAAUUUUCCAGAAAUCAGUAUGAAGGACUUGGAUGGAGGGACCACCAGUUUGGUGAAAACCAUCAGUGAUUUGACAAAGCUAAACAGAAAUGAAUCCAAAGAUAUUUCACCAGGUGAACAAAAGGAAACUAUGGAUGGUAGAACAGUGGUUCACAAAAGUUCUGUUGGAAAUAAAAUCUCCCAGAAACCAAAAUCACUGUUGGACAACUUCAAGCGUGUUGAAAAACCUGUUCUUCACGAACCCAAAGUGUCAACUGUGUACCAAGAUUCAUUUGAAAAACAAAGAUAUUCCACUUCCAAGGAUUCAGAUCUUGAUACCUUACAUUCAAAUUUAGCUAAUAACAGAUCCAAAAACAUACCUCAUCGCCAGAUGCUCGUAUCAGAAAGUACGAAAACAAGCAGGGAAACCGUCAGUUCCAAACCUAAGUCUGUGGGUGGGGAAGACUGGGAAGAUGAUAUUGAUCCAAACCCUAAACCAUUUCAACAUGACUUCCGAAAAGUUCGACCGGCCGAGAAAACAAAGACAUCCUGGAUGGCCGAAAUGUCCAAGACAAAUUUGCCUCCUGGUUUGCCAUCCAAGAAGCCGACAGUUCCGCCAACAGCAGGUAAGGAUGAUUGGUGGGACACACCGACAAUAGAUCGCGGUUCUCCAAGUUCUAAGGUAAUAUAUGCAUCCACAGUUAAUUACAGUCAAAAAGUCGAGCAGUGGCUCAAUUUGAGUCAGCCUUCCUCAAAUGAUGUGCUGGUCAGGAACAAGAGUCCUGAAGAUUCAGGAACAGCGGGCCAAUCUGGAUCCUUGUACAGCUCCCGGGGAGAAUCGACUUCCAGGUCUAGAGGAGAUGUCAAUUAUCUGGAUGACUUUGACUUACCCGAUGAUAAAGAUGUAGGAGAGGGUAUGAAUAAGGUGGGGAGUUCUGGAAUGGCAGUCAUACCUCUGGCUUCUAAGGCUAUAAAGACAACUAGUGAUCUAAACUGUGUUUCUGACGGAGAAGGCGAAGACUGGCACCAGGUUAGUAAAAAGAAAAAGGAGAAGAAGAAAUCAGAAUCGGAGCGACCCAGACGAAAGUCUGGUUCAGAUGCACCUGGAACAAAAAGUAAUAACUUUGAAAAAUUGAUAGCCAAGUUGUCGGAAGUCUUCACUACACUCAGUAGGGAACGUAUCAUCGAGCUGAUCACAGAAGUAAGAAAUGAAACCAAGGGGCUCAGUGGAAUGAAUAUGAAACAGAUCAUCAACAUGUCACGACAAGUCUUCAUGGCUAAACGACAUUACUAUCAGGCAGAACCAAAACAGAAACAUCCUUCACCCACUCCUACAGCUCAGAAAAGUCAAAGGUUGUCUCCCCUUCCUAUUGUUGGGAUGACUGCCAUGCCUGGACCAGGGAAGACGUACAACUUCAAACCAUUGUCAAUGAGUGUGAUCCAGACUGCCAAAGAUGUACCAUUGAUGGAUGAUGAGGAAGAGAUCUGCGUGAUCUGUCACGAUGCCCUCCUCAUGGAGGAGACCAAGACUCUCGAGUGUGGCCAUGUCUUCCAUUCAGCUUGUAUCAAGCAGUGGGUAUUCGGCCAGGAGAGGACUUGCCCAAACUGUCGACGCCUUGCACUGUUCCCAGAGGAAUUUCCACGCCUUGGCAAGUGACCGGAACCUUAAUGAUCGCCUGUCACACAAAACGUUUGCCAGAUAUCCUAACACUUCGAUAUUGCAGUGGAAUCUGUUUUUGACAAAACAUGGUUGUGCUCAAUACUUUGAGUAAAGGCAUUUUUGCACCUGUUAAAAUCUAUGCAAUCAAAAUUUUUGAAGCAGAUACUGCAAGUUUUACAUGAUGUGAAGCUUCAUCCAUUUUGAUAUGGUGGAUUCUUGUAUUUUGUUUGGUUGAAAAGAAAUAUGGUUGAAAAGAAAUAUUUGAAUCUCAGUUGUUUUUGUUGUGAAUUUUAUUUUUGUAUUUUAAAGAGUCUCAGCAAAGUGUGUAGUUUCCUACGACAGAGAAAGACAUGUAUUGUAGUGCUUUACUAUGACAGAAUGCUAUUUGUGCGAGUUUGGAAUCAUGAGACAAUAUGAUUAUGGGGCCAAAUACAGUGUGUAUGAGUUGAGAGAAGAUGAAGGGUAUCACAGUUUGUAUAAGUUGAGAGAUGAAGGGUAAUACAGUUUGUACAAGUUGAGAGAAGAUGAAGGGUAUUACAGUUUGUUCAAGUUGAGAGAUGGUGAAGGGUAAUACAGUUUGUUCAAGUUGAGAGAAGAUGAAGGGUAUUACAGUUUGUUCAAGUUGAGAGAUGGUGAAGGGUAAUAGUUUGUUCAAGUUGAGAGAUGAUGAAGGGUAAUACAGUUUGUACAAGUUUAGAGAUGGUGACGGGUAAUACAGUUUGUACAAGUUGAGAGAUGAUGAAGGGUAAUAUAUUUUGUACAAGUUGAGAUGAUAAAGGAUUAUACAUUUUGUACAAGUUGAGAGAUGAUGAAGGGUAAUACAGUAUGUACAAGUUGAGAGAUGAUGAAGGGUAAUACAGUUUGUACAAGUUGAAAGAUGAUGAAGGGUAAUACAGUUUGUACAAUUUGAGAGAUGAUGAAGGGUAAUAUAUUUUGUACAAGUUUAGAGGUGAUGAAGAGUAAUACAGUAUGUACAAGUUGAGAGGUGAUGAAGGGUAAUACAGUUUGUACAAGUUGAGAGAUGAUGAAGGAUUAUACAUUUUGUACAAGUUGAGAGAUGAUAAAGGAUUAUACAUUUCGUACAAGUUUAGAGAUGAUGGAGGGUAAUACAGUAUGUAUAAGUUGAGAGUUGAUGAAGGGUAAUACAGUUUGUACAUGUUUGGAGAUGAAGGGUAAUAUAGUUUGUACAAGUUUAGAGAUGAUGAAGGGUAAUAGUUUGUACAAGUUGAGAUGAUAAAGGAUUAUACAUUUUGUACAAGUUGAGAGAUGAUAAAGGAUUAUACAUUUUGUACAAGUUGAGAGGUGAUGAAGGGUAAUACAUUUUGUACAAGUUGAGAGAUGAUAAAGGAUUAUACAUUUUGUACAAGUUGAGAGAUGAUGAAGGGUAAUACAUUUUGUACAAUUUGAGAGAUGAUGAAGGGUGUUACAGUUUGUACAAGUUGAGAGAUGAUGAAGUGUGAUACCUUUCGUACAAGUUUAGGGAUAAUGAAAGAGUUUUACAUUUUGUUCGAGUUGAGACAUAAUGAUGGGUUAUUCAAUUUGUAUGAGUUGAGAGAGAAUGAUCAGUAAUGCAGUUUUAUUUUUAUAACUUUUUAAUAGUUUUUGCAAUUUGCAUUCCAAUAAUCUUUUGUGUUCAGUUAAUAUUGACUAUAGUAUGUUUUUAUACAAAUGAAUAUACAUUGUAUAUAAACUAUGAAAUUUCAUUAAAAUAUGAAAAUUAAUGUCAGUUAAAUGUCAAAGAAGUAUUUCAUCUGUACAACGAAAUGUUGUUCAAUUCUAUUGAAGGUGGAAACAAUUAGUUUUCAUUACAAAUAUAACUUGAAUAUAAGUAUUUUUUUGAGUUAUUGAUAGUGUAUGUUUUAAGGUAAAGUAAUAGUGUUUAUUAGAUAAAACAUUCUUUUGCAAAUAUUUAAAAAAAAAAUAGAUCUUUUCAGUAGAAGACAUUUCAUUAAAAGUAGAGUAUAUCUCAUUACUUUACCUGGGCUAUUUUUACUUUAAAUGAAUUUCUCUGGUGAACUUUAUUAUUACAGAGAUAUCACAGGGGCAUGUUUCUACGGUAGGUGGCUUGUCAAGUUAGUGACCCCCUCCUGCCAGAAACAUUGUUAUAUGCCUCUGUGCUGUGUAUACAGCUUUAGUUUAAUACUGAAAUUUUUCCUAUUUUGUCUUUCUUUUGUGACCUCCCCUGGCCCAUUGAAAAUGGCUAUAUAACUUUUCAGUAGGCUUAGAAAGUGCAAAACAUUAUAAAAUCGGGAGUUAAUAUGCUUACUGAAAAAAUUUGAGAUUAGUCAUCACUUUGUUACUUAUUGUUUUACUCACUGUUUAAUUAUUAGAUAUAGAAUAAAACUAAUUGGUAGAUUAACAAAUCUAAAAUGUCCUAAAAUUAAUAUAUGAAGAUAAAAUAUUUUGUUAGAUUUUAUGUAAACGUGUUAAAGGGAGCUGAGGAUGUACAUAUAUACAUUUAUGAUAUAAAAUAUUUUCUUAUUACCAAAACACUCCAAAUGGAAAUUAUGUCUCUUGAUUAAUGCAUGACAUAAUCAUCAUACAAGCUAUCAAGUCAACCUUAAUUUACCGACAUCAUCUGCUGUCAACCAACCAAUUCCCUUUGAGGGAAUAAAUCAUGACAUCAAUCCUUGUAUCACCUUUAUGCAUUAAGAUCACUUCAUUUAUAGUCAUUCAUUAUCAGAAAUAACAUUUUAAAGUAUGGAAAUGAAUACUAGUAUAUGCAGACCACAGGAAAAAUCUGUCACAAAGUUAAUGUGUUCAACUCUCAAGUCUGUCACCAAGUUAGUGUGUUCCAUCCUCAAGUCUGUCACCAAGUUAUUGUGUUCAACUCUCAAGUCUGUCACCAAGUUAGUGUGUUCCAUCCUCAAGUCUGUCACCAAGUUAUUGUGUUCAACUCUCAAGUCUGUCACCAAGUUAUUGUGUUCAACUCUCAAGUCUGUCACCAAGUUAUUGUGUUCAACUCUCAAGGCUGUCACCAAGUUAUUGUGUUCAACUCUCAAGUCUGUCACCAAGUUAGUGUGUUCCAUCCUCAAGUCUGUCACCAAGUUAUUGUGUUCAACUCUCAAGUCUGUCACCAAGUUAUUGUGUUCAACUCUCAAGUCUGUCACCAAGUUAGUGUGUUCCAUCCUCAAGUCUGUCACCAAGUUAUUGUGUUCAACUCUCAAGUCUGUCACCAAGUUAUUGUGUUCAACUCUCAAGUCUGUCACCAAGUUAUUGUGUUCAACUCUCAAGUCUGUCACCAAGUUAGUGUGUUCCAUCCUCAAGUCUGUCACCAAGUUAUUGUGUUCAACUCUCAAGUCUGUCACCAAGUUAUUGUGUUCAACUCUCAAGUCUGUCACCAAGUUAGUGUGUUCAACUCUCAAGUCUGUCACAAAGUUAUUGUGUUCAACUCUCAAGUCUGUCACCAAGUUAGUGUGUUCAACUCUCAAGUCUGUCACAAAGUUUGUUCAACUCAAGUUUGUCACCAAGUUAGUGUGUUCAACCUUCAAGUCUGUCACCAAGUUAGUGUGUUCAGCUCUCAAGUUUGUCACCAAGUUAGUGUUCAACCCUGAAGUCUGUCACUAAGUUAGUUUUAGUUAGUGUUCAACCCUGAAGUCUGUCACUAAGUUAGUUUUCAACCCUCAAGUCUGUCACCAAGUUGGUGUUCAACCCUGAAGUCUGUCACUAAGUUAGCGUGUUCAGCUCUCGAUCCUUUCAUUACCAAAUGUUGUGUUCAUUCAAAUAUUCAUGCUAGUAAUAACAAAACGUCUUGUUUUUUUUAAGACUGGAGAUCUGUUUAUUGCCAAGUUAUGUGUUCAGUAAAAUAUGUUUAUUAUGUGUUUAGAUAGAACCAUAGUACCACAUUUGUUCCACAAGUAGUAUAGUUUAGUAUUUGUUGUGCAAUAUUGACAUUUGAUUAAAACAGUACGUGUAUAAUGAAACCUGCAAAUGAGUCAAUCUCAGAUACUUAUUACGCAUGGUAUCACUCUUUAGUCUCAGUUUGAUAAAAUGUGUCUUUCAUGAUCAUUGCUAUAUAUGGAAGUAGUAAAUGCAUGUGUAAGCAUGUCUUUUUUUAGUUAAAUCUAUCACUUGUGUUCAUAUUAUAUUGAUUUUGCUAAACUUGUGUUAAUAGAUUGAACAUUACAUGAACAUUAAUGGUAGAUUCUCAAUUUACAGUACAAAAUAUAUAUAACCAACAUAACCAUUAGAUAUUAGCAUAGAUCUAACAUUAUUUUAUUAGAAUAUUGCAAUUCUUUGGUGUUCAUUCCUAUAUUUAUAGAUAUUAUUUUGUUGUUUUGUUUACAAAUAGAAACAAUAUUGAUCAGAGCACAUUUCUAAAAGUUGAAGCCCUGUUCAUUAAAACAAAUUGAAGAUGUUGGAUAGAGGUACAUGAUUGUACAAUAUACAAUAGAUAAAUGUUUAAAGUUUGGCAGUAAGAGAGCAUAGCAACUAAAUUAAUAAAUAUUCCUCUUACCCUGGACAGGGAUAUCCUCAGUUUUACGGUGGUGAGAUUUUCUUAUCUCACCCUAGGAAAAGACAAGCUUUCAAGCUCUUUGAAAGUUCUCAACAAUUGUAUUUCGCCACGUCAACAAUACCAUAAUGUCACGUCGACAAUUCAAUCGCGUCAUGUCAACAUUUCCUUGCAUUGAUGUAACGUCAAUAUUAGAUACAUAAGAGGGUAAACAGGGUAAGAGAAAAAUAAUCAUUUACCCCCAUGGAGGUGAGACAGGGGAAUCUCUACCCUCUGGGUAAGAUAAUUAAGCUGCCAAACACUCGGCAAGCCUCGGGUUGAGAUUCCCCGGUCUCGCCCCAAGGGGGUGAAAGAUUCUAUUUAUCACCAGAUUUUAUAAAAGAUCAAUCUGCAUUAAUAGUUGACUCCAUUUAAGGAGGUUUGAUCAUUUAUAAAAUCUGUUGAUAUAAGUAAAUUAUAUUAUUGUUGGUAAAUAAUCUGUUAAAUAUUUCCUCUUUCUUUAUUUUGUUUUUGUGAAACAGGUUAACUUUGUGGUUCAUGCACUUUGUUUUAUUUUGAUAUCUUACUUAACAUACUUGUCCAUGCCAAUAUCAAGUGCCAUAUGAGAUGUAUCUUUUUUUUCUGGUUGUUAAUAAAUGAUAAUGCUUGUCGGCUACUUAAUUUGUGUUUACAUACACUGUUUUAGGGAAACCCAGACAGAUCAUGUACAAAUCACAAAAGUGUGUACCAUAUACUGAUCCUAAGGGCUGUAAAAUUUAAUAGCGACCGCCCUGGUGCCCUAAACUGAAAGUUUCUGAUUCAGAAAAAUUGUCAUUUUAACUUUAUCGUGAGAUGAUUAAAAUGAGUACACUUCUUUUUUAUUGUAUAAGUUAUAAAGUAUAGUCCAUGAAAACAAUGGAUCUUUGAUAUAAUUGUAUAGGAGUUGGUCUGGAGAUUAAUUUGCAAAAAUUACAAUGAAGGUUACAUUAAAUUUGUCUUGAGAGCUACUUCAUCCAUCACCCCAUGAAUUUGAUUAAUAAAUAUUAGUCUUUUAAUAAUACAUAUAAAUGUCUACAAUUUGAAACUCGUCUUGUAAGACCAUACAAUCAGGUUAAGUUAUUUGAAUUGUUUUUAAAUGUAACUUUCAUUUUGAUAUAUAUAUUUUUCAAUGCCAGUAAAGCAUUUAUGUAUGAGGGCUGAUUGAUAAGUUGUGAGCCUGAUAUUGAAGGAUUUGAAUGUUGCUGGACAUAUUGUAUUCAUUUUUCAACAUAAUCCCCUUCAAUAUCUAUACACUUUUGCCAGCGGUGAUUAAAGGCCUCAAUGCCACUUUUAUUGAACUCCUUUUCUUGGCUGUUCAGAAAGUCAUCCACUGUAUGUUAGGGUAACUGUUAGGGUUAGGGUGCCUGAAAUAACUGUUUCCAGUUUUUGGAAAUAGAUGAAAGUCUGAUGGAGCAAGAUCAGGUAAAUCAGGCAGAUGCUCAAUAAAUUUAAAGCCACAGUCGUGAAUGGCAGCCAUAUACAAAUAUGACUCUUUCACCCGAACCGAUUUUGUCCAUUUUGCAAAAGCUGCUUGUCUUGUUUACUUUAAAGUGCUACCUCGUCAAUAUAAACUAACCAAAUGAGACCAGUCAUUGGGUGCAUGGCCCUAUAUAUAGUCGGAGAAUAGUAGGACUUAAAAAGAACAUCUUUGAGUACCUUCUUCAAUACGAGGCUCACAACUUAUCAAUCAGCCCUCUUACGAUGCAGUAUAGUUCCAAACCUCAGGCCAAACUUUGUUACAAAUGUAAAACAGCUAUAAUUUAACAUCUAGUCAAUGGAUAACGGGUCAGAUAAUUGUAAUUUUAAGUCUUCCUUUAAGCAUUCAAGAUUGUAGUAUUUAUUGUGAAAACUUAUAUAUAAUUACACAUACAACACAUACAUGUAUCGUGGUCUUCAAACUGGCAUUUCCCGAGCUAUGUAAAAACUUUUUAUUUAAAAAGAUAUUUACUACUUGUUAUUGACCAGCAUCAUGAAGUACCAUUUGUCUCUGAAGGUAUCUCAUUUUGAACUUGGUUAUUUGUCUAACCGUAUUUAUCCAAACAAUAAGCCCACCCAUGCCUAUUGCAGUUCAGUAGGAUUACUGUUACCAACAAAUUGCUAUUUCAUAACCAGUAAGUUAAGUGUUGACCUGGGCUUAAUACUGGAUAAUUACAUUGACUGUGUCCCCCCCCCCCCCCCCCCCCCCCCCCAUGUCGGUUUGAAAAGACUGAUAGUUAUAAUUCAGACAAUAGGGUACUUCAUUGCGUACUUUAUCAACUUGGCAUUAUUUGAGCUAGCAUACAGGAUGUAUAUGCACGUAUGAUAAUUUCAACUAUACAGGAUGUAUAUACAUGUAUCACAUAUUGUUUCUUAUACUUGUUUGCAAUAUAAAAAAAUACAUAUCAUUGAA